UUGGAAUAAUUUUAUAUUGAUGAUAUUAAUGCCCUAGUUUCAUUUCAUGAGAAAUAUUGCGCGAUUGGCAGUAUUGUACGCUAAUUACGUGGUAAUCUUAAAAUGAUAGUACGUUUGACUGUGUUUGUACGAAUAUGAAAACUGUUGUUUUCUCGUAUAGUUCGUAAACAAAAAAUUAUAUUUUAAAAAUUUUACUGUAAUUUAAUGACCAAAUAAUCUGUAUUCACGAAAUACGAAUAUGUUGAUUUACGAUGUUCUGCAUAAAGAAAGGGUAUACCAUUCGAUCGUCAGUGAUCUUCGUAAUUACGGAGUUAAAUACCGCUUUAAGAAGAAUAUGUUCAAAACAGAAAGCUCCGAAGGGAAACGCAUUUCGAAAAAGGUCUUCAAGACACCUUUGUUAUAUCAACCAUUGGAUGUCGUGAAUUUGUCUUCUGGCGCUAUUGUACAUGUGCCUAUCUUUGUCAGUCAAGCAUCCACAUUUUUAGAAAAGUAUAUUACCCAGGAGGGAUUAUUCAGGAAAGCCGGAUCGCAGCUUAGACAAAAGGAAUUGAUGACUCGUUUAGAUAACGGAGGCAGUUUAGGAGAGAAACAUCAUGCUAUUGAUGUAGCUAAUUGUUUAAAAACUUUCUUCAGAGACUUGCCAGAGCCAUUGAUUCCUUAUACAUACCAUGAUUUAUUUGUACACUGCGUUAUGCUGAAAACUUAUUGCGUACAAGCAUUGUUACUAGCUUGUAUCCUUUUACCACCACAUCAUCUGAAUACUUUAGCAUUUUUCAUGGAAUUUUUAAAGAAAGUAGCAAUAUAUGAGAAACAGAAUAAAAUGAGCAUUGAUAAUUUAGCGAAAGUUGUUGGUCCAAAUAUCAUGCCCUUGCAAGUAACUACUAUGUCGGCUGUGCAAAUGCGUCUUGAAUUACAUUUAAUUGUUGUCAAGAUUUUAAUUGAAAAUGCAGAAAGUAUUGGUAUUUUACCAGAUCAUAUAACACAAGCUAUUUCUAUGGAAACGAUUGGCAGCACAGAUAAUGAAUUAGAUGUAUCUGAUCAUUUACGUUCAAAAUUCAAAAGAAAGAAACACCGCAGUGGAAGUCUUACACGUAAGCCACAUCUAAGUGCCUCCAACCUCAAUCUAAGAAUGUUUAAUGGUCUAAAAAAGAUUGUUGGCAAAAAUGCAGUGUCUGAAGAUGGUAAUGUACGUGAUGAUCAAAGAAUGUCUGAAAAUUCUGAUUCAAUGCAUAUAUCAAAUACUAAAUCCACAAAGAAACGGAAAGUUGAUAAUGCUGAUUUACCAAUUACAAAGAAGAAGAGAGUUAUAGAUAAAACAGAUAAAUCUAAAAAGAUUAGGCUUAGCUUAGAUCGUUUUGUACUGAGAAAGCCAAAAACUGUCGAUGAAAGUACAGAAUCAUGUGCAAGCAUUUUUGAUACUGAGACAGAACGACGUUGGAGUUCUGUUUGUGGUUCAUGCGAUUCACAAAGAACAUACAGAGCAUACAGUGAUAGUUCAUCGCAUUUGAAAUUAAUUUUAAAAGACAGCGAGGUAUCAAAUGAACUCAAAGAAUACAAUAAUAUGUUUGGUGAUGUAGAUGUUAAUUUAUCAGACGAUAAUGACGAGCAGGUCUUGUUAACAAAAAAUGAUAUUAAAUCUAGUGAAUGGCAUCCGCAGUUAAAUUCAAGUUCACAAGAUGAUCUAGACAAUUACGAUGAAAGAUGUGCCUUUCCAUUGAAACGAAGAUUAACUGUAAAUAAUUUUGAAACAUAUUCACACGUUCAAGUCACAUCUGUGGAUAAUCAAUCGGAGGAAUAUGUUACAAUACCUAAAAGCGAGUAUGAAGAAAUUAAAAAUAGAGUUUCAGCAAUUGAGUCUCGUCUUUCUCAAGAAUUGAAAUAUGUAAAUAAUGAAAACAAUGAGGGGAAUGAUGAUUUGUUACUACAUUCUGUAAAAAAAGUACAAACUGCAUAUGAAAAGACAUUGGAAGAAGCUAGUAUUGAAACUACAGUAUCAACAGACUAUUUAGCUAAAAAACUUGGUAAAGAACUCAAAAUUAGGAGAUCAGAUGAACAUAAAAUUAUCAGAUCUCCAAGCGCUCGGAAAAUAGGAAGUUUAAGAAGAAGGUCACAAGAAAGAAUGAUGAGUAAACGUGUGAGACGAACUGCUUCGUGGCACAUUUCUCGAGGUUCAGACUUACAAUCACAUAUACAACAUAAUCAAGACUUGAGUAAUACCAACUCCCAUAACGAGAAAACACUUUUAUUAAAUUAUACAAAAGACACUGAUUACUUACGACCUAUAUCUACAUCUCUUUGGGAAGAAGAAAAAAAUAAUAUAAUGUUAAACAAUGUAGGCAACGAGUUAAAAAAUUCAAAUGUAUACCCAAAAAAAUUCAAUCAGAGUUCCCUUCAAUCGGUCAAGGAUCGAACACAUACAACAGUACGUCGAGUAUCGUCUUUUCAUGGUAAUGAAUUUACAAACACAAUCAUGUAUCCCAGUGAUACAGUUGAAAAAUUAAAGAAGACGAACAGCCAACAGAACAUGAGUUUAAACAAUACGCCAGCGAGUAAGUUAAGUUCAAAAUUCGAAGGGAAAAAGAAAACAGUCAUGUCCUGGAAGGAUGCAGAUGGAUAUUUCAAAUCGACAAACCAAACGAAUACUCCUGUUACUCAAACCGGUCGCGCGUCAAUCGCAAAACUAAGAACACAGAAUGCAGGAAUGGUAUUGGCCAAAGCGAAAUUGUUUGAUGAAUGUACAGCAAAAACAUACUCCCAGAAUGCAUCUAUGAACAAAAAAAAUGAUUUGCUUAGUAUAGAGAAUGAUCAGUGUACAAAUACUACAAAGCAAAAUUGUGAAGGGAUGGAAUUACAUCGGAGAUCGAGCAAAAAUAUAAAAAACAGAAAUUCAAAAACAGUAUUAAAACAUCCUCCUUCUUGUAGUAUAAUGGAAAUCGAAUGCAAGAAAGAGGAUGUUGAAACGUGUCGCAAUAUUCCCAGAGAUUCUGUGCAACGCAACACGGCCACCCAUCAAAAAGAAAAUAAAACAUCACCCGUGGUGCAGCAAGUACCUAUGAAUACAAUGUUGCAAGACUCUAGACUAACUAUUUAUAAAGUUGAUAAUAAUUCGUUGUGCAAAACUCCUCAUAUUAAAAAACCAUUAACUGUAAAGACACCUAGAAGCGGCAAGGCAUUGGUGAGAAGACCCUUGGUCGAUUCUCGUAGGACACCUUUAAAAGCAGUUGGUCAAUUAGGAACUCCAAAAUAUCAGAGUCCUAAAAGUAUUUUAAAGACACCGAGAAAUUAGUUCAAGGUACAAAUUUAUUAGAGAUGUGUUCAAGAAAGUUUCCCUUGCAAUACUUUCAAUUAUAAAUUGAAUUGCAUUAGCAUUGCAUUACAUUAGCUUAGAACGUCAAGUCAAUAAAGUUUAGAA